UGGCGUCUGGCGGCAGUUCGGAGCGAGACGCCGACACGACGUAGUAUUUUCGUCCCGAACAACUCGAGCUCCGAAACGUGGCUCUCAAAUCGUCUCGCGGCAUCUUUUCGUAUGCAUACAUAUCAGUUGGCGAUUUGGCGAACGUGUUCUACCAAAGGGCAAAAUCGUUAUCCGGCGAACGUUGUCACGGUCCGGAGAACGUGCCGGCUGCUGAUGUGGAGGUGCGUGUAAAACGGGUAUUGGCAUACCCUUUCGAGUGGCGACCGGCUAUCGGCCUCCGGGAACGAGACAUUUUCAUCGUCCAGCUUGAUCAGACGAUCGGAAUGGUCAUCGCCUCCGCGGGCAAAGGUCGAUGAAUCCGAGAGGAUUGUUCAUCGAGGAUUGUCAUCGUUAUCGACGCCGGUGCCUCGAAUAAUAAAUCGUCGAGAUUUCAGAGACGAUCGAAGAUUCACGCGUGUCUCCUGCGGGCGAAGGACUGCCGAGGAAGAUCCAAGUACAUCGGAGCUCCCUUCCACAUAUACACACACGCACACAGCCUCCGUUCCUUCCAUUCAAGGCUCGUCGCAUUCAUCCGCCGGCAGCAGCAGCCGGUAUCACGCACACACAUCCACGCGUAUACGCGAUCCGCAGAAGAAAGCGCGUCCGGUACGUCUUGCCACGCGUCGUUUUUCCGUCGGAAUAUCCGGCUGCGGAGAAGCCGGAGAAAAGCGAAAUCCCCGAUGCACUUCCUCUGAGGACCAGCCGGGAAUAAAGAGAGGAGGGACGUCGGCCCGAGAUGACGUGACGCGUCCUAAUCGGAGAGGAAUGCCGGCGCCUUGACGCGGAUUCCUCUGGUCGUCGGGAUGCGAUCCAGCCAUCGGGACGCCGUCCGGACGGAUUUCAACGGCUGGCGAACCACCAGGCUGCUCUGACGAUCACAGCCGCGGAUAUCUCCGUAUUUUUCUCACACGAUCGUCAGAGCGAGGAGAAGGCAGUUAAACGAGAAGGGAGGACGGAGUUUCAGUGAUUCAUAGACAAGUAAGGGAAAAUCAGCGGGAUGACGACGAUGCAGAGCUGUGGUGGCGGCUCUUCGAGAUGCGCGAGACGCGCCUUCGUCCUCGUGUUCGCCUGGGGCUUGUUGAUGAUCGCGGCAGUGCAGUUUCGCCACCUGGAGAACAGGGCGCUGCGCCAAGAUGGCGGUCCCACGGCCGAGGAGAGUGUUGGCGGCAACCUGGCAGAGGUCGACGGCACCGGCGGUGAACGUGGCGCGGGUGGGAUUGUCUCGGCGAACCUGGGCUUGUCCCGAUACCUCUUGCAGAGGUCGUCGCUAGGCGGUGAUCUCUCCAAUUCGGGCGGUGCCUUGUUAACCACUCUGACGACUCUGAGAAACCGUUUGGAAGCGUCAACGAGAAACCCACUUGAGCUGGAACCGUUGCUGGAUAAACGACCUGUCAAGUCCGAGCAGCAGCUGAUCGAGGAGAUCGCUGAGAAGAUACCUAGCCUACCGCUGAGCGACUGGCUCAGAAACAGCAAACUGACAAAGCGGGCCAACGACAGCUGCGCGCGAUAUCCGCAAAUCUACGAUCUCGAGUUCAACAAUUUCUACUGGCAGACGUUACGAACCAGUAACGGCACGUUCCAGUUCUUUGGCGCCUUCUACGAUAAUCGGCGAUUGUCCAAGAUCGGGCCAGCGGUGAGGAUCGUUGGUAUGAUUGACCGUAUCGAGCCGACUGUCAAGACUUACUGUCAGCUGUGGUACGAUGGCGAGAGCGAGCCCAAGAUUGUUGAAACUCUCGAGUACAAGUAUAUCUGGUAUCCCAAGUGGGGCAAUUACAAACAGGGCAUUUAUCAACCGUAUGUGAUAGCGUGCAGGGUACCGCCGCAGGCAUCCGGCAAACCGCCCUCGUCUGUCUCCGUAGUCGAGAAGCGUUGUGACACAGCUACCAAUCAUCUCCGGGUGAUCUACAACAAGCCCGAGCGCAAGAAGGGCUUUGCUGUGUGCGUGAAGGGCUUGGACUUUUUGCACGAGGACUUGUCGGUACGGCUGGUCGAGUGGAUCGAGCUCAUCAGUCUGCUGGGCGCCGACAAGAUUUACUUCUACGAGCUGCAGGUGCAUCCGAACGUGACCAAGGUGCUACAGCACUAUCAGCGACUUGAUAUGGUACACGUGACCCCGUUAACCUUGCCAGGGGGACAGCCGAACGUGCCCGCCUUCCAGCAUAUGUAUCUCACGAAGAAGACCAAUCAUAAGCGACAAAACGAGCUGAUACCGUACAACGAUUGUCUCUACAAGCACAUGUACGAGUACGAGUAUAUCGCCCUGCUGGACGUCGACGAGGUCAUCAUGCCCGUGAAGGACGCGACCUGGCAGGAACUGAUGCGCCGAGUGAUGCCCAAGGCCCUGCAGAUACGGAACGAGACCCGCGCUUCGUACAACGUGAGGAACGUCUACUUCCUCGACGACCUACUGCACUCUCACGGUUACUUCAAGGACAUACCCAAGUACAUGCAUAUGCUACAACACGUGUACCGCUCGAAGAACUUCACCAAGCCGAACCAAUACAUCAAGUGCUUCCACAAUCCGGAAAGGGUGGUCACCUUGCACAACCACUUCCCGCUGGCGUGUCUGGGCGCCGGUUGCACCAGCUACCCCAUCGAGACCGAGGACGCGCAGCUACAGCACUAUCGCGCCGAUUGCGUGCGAUCGUUGAAGAAGACCUGCGUGGAGUAUCGGGAGAAUAGCGUGAUCGAUACGACGAUAUGGCGUUAUAGGGACAAACUGAUCGGCAGGGUCACCGACACGCUGAAGACCCUCGGCUUCUUCGGUUCGAGAUAGCGGUCGGAGAUCGAUCUCUCCUUUUCUUUUUUCUUUCACUUUCCUGUGAAGUUUUGAUCGGUCUCCGCGAAAGGGACGACUGGCUCGUGCUGCGCGGAACGAGGCGAAGAAAUUAAUCAGAGCGAGAGGUAAUUGCCAGUGAGGCUUGAUCGCGGAGAUUUAAUUGAGAAGAUAAUCGAGAUCGGUGUAAUCGUUAAAGCGAACACGUUUCUAGCGACAGCACGUAAUAUCGCGUCUCGAUCGUUCAUGUACGUGUGUGAGAAGAAUUUCGCCUGACAGUGCCAAGAGUGUGCAUAUCUCCAUAUGUCCGGAGCGUCAAGAUAUGCGAACCUUAUUAAAGGAUAUAGAAAACGGCAUCGAGAUUGGAGCGAUGAUCAUUCGUUCGAAUUGGAACUUGUUACGUUGGCUGAAAAAAAUACCACGCGUUCUCGCGUCUGCAAGAUAAACGUAAAGUUUGCGUCGAAAUUGAGUUCUAGCUUUUUGUUAAACUUGACGAAUCUAUCUAAAAACUAAAGAUGAAUACGUAUUUCGGCAAAUAUAUAAAUAUUAUAUAAAUAAGCGAGUGCAGAAGACUCGAUUUUAUGCUUGAGUUUCAUGGUAGUUUUCUGGUAUCCUGUUAAACCAGCAAAGUUAUCUCCAGACUGAAUGUAAUUUUGGCUCGAUUUGUAUCGAGCAAAUUUUUGCUCCACGCGACGAGCCGAUUACAUUCGUGAGUAAAACUGCACAGUAUUCCUUUUUCCUGUUGUAAAUAACUCCUAUAUAAGUCUCCUUCUUAUAUAUGCUCAAUAUGUAAUACGAAGCUGCGAAGAUUCGAUCGAUAGCCAUAGCUGUAACGGAUCGGUGAAUACAUAUGUAUGUGGUUGCGCGUAACUUUAGAAUUGAUAUCAAAGAAUGUGGACUUGAAAAAUUAUACCCUCUUUAAUGAGCAUAAAAAUGUAUAUUAAAUAUGAGAGAUAUGUAAAAAUAAAAAAAUACGUUUUAUUAUGUUACAUCGGCAAGUAUGAUCAAAUAUUGAUUUGUUGAUUUUUCUUUUAUCUUUUCUUUUAUUAUAUAUUAAUGCAAAUAUGGUAUGAUAACACAUAUAUAUAUCUUUUUUCUUUUUUUUAAACUGUAAUUAUCGGAGAUUAUUGGGAAUGAUUGUUGAGAAGUAUAUAGUCAUACCGUUCCGAUGACUGAAACGCUGUGAGAUGUAAACACUCGUUAUUAAUUAAGACUACUGUUAAUGAGUCUUCCGCAACCGUGAAGCGAUCCGUUUUUCGUAGAUAGAAACCGGAAACUGCCCGAAUUGUAUUAUCAUAGGCCUGAUAUAAGUUGUAGUGAUAAGCGUGAACAAAAUAAAGAGAGAAAUAGAGGAUACAAUACAGGAAGAACAAAAAGCUAUAUCACAUAUAAAAAACAAUGAUCGCUAAUUACAUAUAAUUAUAUGUAUGUUAUUGCAAAAUUUUAUUUUGCGGCAUGGUUCGAUGCUUUUGAAGAGUUUUUUCUAUCUUUUAAUAUUUAGAAAGCGCAUCUUGAUGUUUGUUUGAAAUGUUAAUAAUUUGUGCAUUUUCUAAAUAUUUCAAAUAUAUAUCGAUCUUUACCGCUUCGCGAUUUUGGAAAACUUCUUCCUUUUCUUAUGGUAAACCUCGAUCGCUUUCUGCGCGAUGAUAACCGACCGCAUUUUACAACUCGAUGCGUAAAGUGUCGCUUGUAAAAGCAAGAAGGCGAUUCAUGUUGCACCAUGAGACAUCUAUUGAUAUAAAGGGGACCAUUGUAGAUAAGUCAAUAAAAAUUAUAAGAGACAGUGUGCAUGAGAUACGAUUAGUCUACAUGCGAAAAUAAAAUCAUAUCGUAUUCUUUCUGAAGUGAAUGCGUACGUCACCUUUUCCGAGCGAAAAAUAGGUGAAAUGGUGCCUUUCAAUUGACAUACGUUUCGAUAAUUUAGUUGUGAACACGAUCUUUCAUUUUUUCUCUAAUAUGAGGAUUAGACAUAAUAUAUGGUGUGAUAAUAUAAUUUCACAUAUAUAUACAAGCGAACGCUUUCAGUUAAUGUUAACUAGUUGUCGAGUACAACUAUACAUUGACAUAAAAUUUAAGCGAAUUAAUUGAUUUGUGUCAAAAAGGAGAACUAUUCUUUAAAUGUUGAGAAAAUCAGACUGAUUUUUUCGCGUGAUUAAUACUAUGCGUUGUUUUACACGAAAAUCACUCAUUGUAAUAAUUCUUUGUAUAUAUCUGCGAAAUAUGAAGGAUGAUAAAUGAAUUCAAAAAGAAAGCACGCGUUUCUUGUAUCUCUAUAAGCAUCCUAUAAAUGAUUACACAUGAUCAGGA